UUCUGUUUUAAGAAGUCUACCGCUGUGCCUUUGUCUUAUUUUUACAGGAAUUUGACCGCCAUGGACGCUUUUGGAUGAAUGUCAGCUCUCUGGCUGCUCCGUUUCUGUGUGCGCCUGCUCCGUUGCUAUGGUGAGGUGUACCGCAACAAGUGUCGAUACCUCGGCGUCAUCAGUGUGCGUGAAAACAAUCAACUGAUAAACAACAGGGAACAGAGAUGUGUGAGGGACCUUCGUCUAUAUCUGGGCCGAUCCCCCCGGACCCUUCUCUGUUUCCCCAGUACUACAAGCGACCCGCUUCAGCUCGAGGGCGUUUAGAGGGAAACCAUGAUGGAACUUUGGCCCUGCUCUCAGGGCCACUUGCUCCAGAUCCAGUGUUGUACCCAGGUUGCUAUAGUGCUCGUACCCCAGCACAACAGCCCCGCAUCAGCCCCAAUGCUACCCAUAUCCUUGAACGAGGUCAGAAGGGGGUUGUAGGGGAACUACUAAAACUAGACAGUGUCAAUGUCACCAUUGUUCCAAAACAGAAACAGCAAGUGAUGCAUGACUUUGGUAAAGAGAAUAUCCGUCGACUGCGAGAGAUCCAGAAACGCUGCAAAGAGCAGGAGGCUGAGCGAGCACAGUCCCACUCUGUUCCUGUUAAAGCUCUUUGGACCUCCUCAAAAUACCAGAGCGUCCCAUCCAGGGUGAUGGUCCAGCUACAGGUUUCCAGUCCAACUGUUAAGCCACAGUGUCAAAACUUUCUGAAGGCACAUUCUCAUGGUGGGUCUGCUGCCCCCCAAAGGCCACAGUCCAAAACUUCACAUGCCACUGGGCAGCGUCGGGCCUCCUGCGACUCUGCACAGGACCUCAACUUGGAAUUGCAGGUUCAAGGUCAGUCCAUAGACUUCAUAAAACAUAAUGCCCGGGCUGCAGGAAAAACUGUGCUUCGGCGGUCCCAGUCACUGACAAACCUCAAAGAUAAGACUGUACCCAGUGCAGUCAAGGGGGAGGUUCCUCAAUACCUUGUGGAAAGGAAGGAGCAGUGGCGUAAGGAGAAAGAGGAGAGGAGGAGGAAUGCUCCUGAUCCUACAGUCCCAGCUGGACACACCCAGAUGCCUGAGAAUGACAGACAGGAGACUCUGAAGUCCCUAAAAGAGACCCACCGCUCCCUGGUGACCGAGCUGCUUUCACUGCCUCUCAAAGCUGACAAUCUGAGUGUUCGCUCACGCCGGGCCCAACUUGACUGUAGGCUUUCUGAAAUUGAGGAGGCCAUAAAAAUCUUCUCCAGGGACAGGGUUUAUGUAAAAAUAGAUUCCUAACACAUGAGGAGAAGGAGGGAAGGAAAAGAAGAAGAAAAUGUUCCUGUAAAUAUACUGCUUUAUUGAGACUGAUUUUCAUUUUGUAGUUGCAUUAGGUAACAUUACAUUGAAUCUUGUGACAUAGAUUAUUUUUGUAAUGUGAUUAAAUCAUUUUGUAAGCUAAAGAUUAUUGAAGUGAUAAUGAAACACAUGCUGUAUACAUGCUGCUCAGUUACAUGCAAUUGUCUUGUGGGAAGAACAGAGAGCCAGAUGUUCUACAGACUUAACACAGAAACAUUAGUUCCUAAGGUGUCAUUUGCUGUGGUUUGAUUUAUAAUUGUGAU